CUCAUGAAUCUCAAGCAGACCAAGUCGGCUUCUGCUUAUACAGUUAGGUUCAAGCAACUCUCAGCGCAACUCCCGUGGAAAGAUAAGAAUCUUAUGAAGCAUUAUUACAAGGAACUCAAGGAUAAUAUUAAAGAUGAAAUCUCCAAGCAAGAUUAG